AUGGCAGCCUAUCUUACGCAACGCAUCUCUCACCCACACAUCUGUCACCCUCACCACGGUAUCACCGUUUCUCGCGCCGCUACUCCAGUCCCUGAGAAAAAGGCCAAAUGCUCCAUUCCAAUCCAUAAUGUUGCUGCCAAAGACGCAUCUUUCUUUACCCCCGAGCAAGACCCCGUUCCGGGGAGCGCUUCACAAAUUCAGGCAUCUGGGAAACCUGUGCCCAAGCUCUUUUCCCCUCUCAAAAUUCGCGAUAUUGAGAUGCCGAAUCGCAUUUGGGUGAGCCCAAUGUGCCAAUACAGCGCACAUGAAGGGUUUCACACACCUUGGCACAUCACCCACUAUGGGGGGAUGGCCCAGCGUGGCCCUGGCCUAAUGAUGAUUGAAGCUACCGCCGUCCAGGCUAAUGGCCGUAUUACGCCAGAGGACUCGGGCAUAUGGCUGGACGCCCACGUCGAUACUCUAAAGAAGCAUGUCGAUUUUGCGCACAGUCAAAAUGGUCGCAUUGGCAUUCAAUUAGGUCACGCAGGGCGUAAAGCUUCUACAGUCGCGCCUUGGCUCAGCUCUGGCGCAACAGCAACUGAAGAAGUCGGUGGCUGGCCUGACGAUGUUGUAGGGCCUAGCAAUGAGCCCUUCAACGAACAUUAUCCAAAACCACGCUCCAUGAGUCUUGCAGAAAUUGCGCGGUUCAAGCACGAUUUCCUCUCCGCUGUUCGACGUGCCCUCCGUGCUGGCUUUGAUGUCAUUGAGUUGCACUUUGCGCACGGCUACCUUGUUUCAAGCUUUCUGUCGCCGGCUGUCAACAAGAGGACUGAUCAGUAUGGUGGAAGCUUUGAGAAUCGUGCUCGUCUAGCACUAGAAUUGGUCGAAGCAACGCGGCAAAUCAUUCCCAAGGGGAUGCCUUUAUUUGCGCGCAUUAGCGCAACUGAUUGGCUGGACACAAAUCCAGAUUGGAAUGGAGGGCCAAGUUGGAAUGUCGAUGAGAGCAUCAAACUGGCCAAGCUCUUCGCCCAACGAGGCGUUGACGUACUGGAUGUAUCGAGCGGUGGCAAUCACGCUCUGCAAAAGGUUAUUGGUGGGCCAGGAUAUCAGGCGCCGUUUGCAAAGAAGAUUAAAGCAGCAGUAGGAGAUACGAUGUUAGUCAGCUCUGUGGGAAGCAUCAAGACGGGGGAGGUCGCGCAGAAAAUCAUUGAAGGAAGUAAUGAGGCCGAUGAUACGCCGCUAGACUUGAUUGCUGCAGGUCGCAUGUUCCAGAAGAAUCCGGGGUUGGUAUGGGCGUGGGCAGAUGAUUUGGAGGUGUCUAUCACUAUUGCGCAUCAAAUAGGAUGGGGAUUCGGAGGAAGGGCAAAGAAACCCGCUAAGUAG